GUUUACAUUUUCCCGCGAUUUUUUUCUUAAUUUUCCCUUAGAAGUGGUGACCUGGGCAAAGCACCCCGCUAUCUAAAAGGCGCUGUUAUAGACCUUUUAGAAAAACUAAGUCCAAGGCCGAGGUGAACUUCAGGUCACCGCGUCUAACAAAUAUGAAAAUGUCGCCUGGUGAAGGGCACGCCUUGUUAUUUAACAAAGACUGUCAAUGUGUAAGAUUAAUAAGAAACAAAAUGCACACGGUGUCACUUUUCGGUCACUUUGAAACUCGGGACAGCCUCGCAUUCAAGAGGGGAAAGCUGGGGCUAAAUAUAUUCAAAAUGGUUCAAAUCAAAUUCAACCCAGCCUGCGGGUGCGAUCCUUCCUCCUCCUGCCCUUCUCUGUGGUGGGUGCCCGGGCACGGCGAAAGGUUGUCUUCUAUUAUUAUUAUCAUUGUUGUUGUUAUUAUUAUUACUCUCCUCGUUCUUAUCUUCUCUUUUGUAAUCCGUACGGUUUAGCCGCGGGCGCGGAGGGGAACGCGGUGUUUGCAUGCUUCUCGAGAGAAAGAGGAACCCCCUCACCCCCUCUUUGCGUACGCAUGAAGCUUCUCUCCUCGGUGCACGGCAAUUAACUCUCUUACUCUCAACUUAAUUCCAGUGCAGUCCCCAUCUCCUCCUCGGCCGGGAGCCCCCAGCUUCAACAUCGCUGAUUAAAGGCUCCUUCCGCAGCUAACAGAGCCCCUGGCUCCUCUGUAAAAAUAAGGGACCCGGCCUAUUUUCCCUCUCCUUUUCUUUCUUUGAGAGGUUAGGAUGAUGCUACAAGUUUGCAAAGGGAAGUAUCAGGGAGGGGAAAAAAAAAAAAAAAAAAAAAAAGGGAAAGAAAGAAAAAAAAAAAAAGGGUUUCAGAGAUUGUUUAUUACAGCCAUAAAUCUUGCAGUAAAAUGUCGAAACGGCCGUGUGCAAGAUAACACUUGGUGGUCUUGGCUGGGUUCUUGUUUAUGAUAACAAAACCACAAAGACAUGGAACAGGCCUUUUGGAGGUCCUGCCUCAGCACAUCUCCGCAGCCUGAUAGAACCCCGCAGAAACAGGCUGAGCCCGGCACCUCGGGUCACCUUGUAGAUUUACGUUCGCACACAGCACCGCAUCCUUCUCCGUGCUACCCAGCGCCAGAGCCACACAGUAGAGAGGUGCAGCGAAACGAGUGAUCUACGAGAUCUAGUCGCGGUAAAUAAUAGGAAGCAGAACCCGCUCAGCUCGCCGGCACAAAGCUGAGCCUACAAAUCGGGACAGUGGUUUUCGUUGCGUUUUCUCGUGCCUCGGGAGCACGGAGCCUGCUGUUCCGAGCUAGCCAUAGAGCCUCCGGAAUUGCCUUAUGGCGAGGAUACCGUGCCCGGCACCGCAGGGCAAUGCAUCUGGUGGCGGCCAGCAGGUAAUGCAGGUGGAAGCUCUGAUUUUCCAAUCUGGUUUGCCGCGUUGUUGUUGUUAUUUUUAAUAAAGCAAUCUCCUCGUUUCUGCCCAAAGUGUGCGGCUGCGUCUGUGUGCGUGUGUAACCGCAUUUCCUCUCCACGCAAAGUAAAUAGAGGAACUUAUCUAUUACCCCAGUUAAAGAGUUCCAUAGAUGUUCUGUUGGAAAUGAGUAAGUAAAUGUGUUUUAACUCUCUUUACAAAUUAGCCAUUCGAUAUGAGCAGGAAAUGAGUGAUUGUUUAGAUAAGUAGUCCAGUAUGCCCAAGUGCUGCAAAUGUUCGAACAUCUUACGAUCCGCCUGCAAUGUGCGUGUGUCCGUGUGUGUCAAAUACAGAUCGAUACUCCGUGCGCCUACUUGGGUUAGAGCUUCAAAUGGAAGUACACGUUCCCAUUAUCUACAAAACGGCUAAAGACAAUAAUCUGAAUUUCAAGCAGAGUAGCUGUUAAUGUCCUAUCUUUAGGAGGGCGAGAACUAAAACGCGUCGUACUUAAGCCUGAUGUAUUAGAUGCAUUUUCCCACACCGGAGAGUGAGAUUACCCACUCUGCAAUUAUAUUCUCGAAGGACGCAGUAAACAUUUCUGUGGGUAUAUACGCUCUCCUGUAAAGGGGAAAAAAAAAAUCGGAUAAGUUUGCUUCUAACUUCCUAUCUGCAAGAGUAGAUGGCGUUUGAUAGUAUUUUUUCCCCUUAGAAUAAGAGCGUAAUUAGUUUAACCAUCAAAUUUCAAUUACCUAAGGUCAGGGCGGGUGCCUCUUUUCCCUGUGAGCUGAAAAUAUCGUUAACAGUCUCAGUUCCAGCAACGCAGCAGUGGCCGGGUGCCCUUUCCCUCCCUCGCCAGGCGUUCUGCGAAGGCGACAAAGAUUUCUCUUGGAACUGAGAGUUCAGAAAUUGAGCCAGCACCAGGCAAGCGAAGAGACAGUCUUACAUUCGUAGCUGGAAAACGCAGCUCUGCGGGGAGGGAUGUUCGCAGAGAGCCCUGCGGCAGCCGCGGUUCUGAAAGGCAUUCUCUUGGAAAAGUCUGUGAAGACGCAAAGGAUUUUCCUGGAAAGAAAAAAAAAAAAAAAAAAAAAAAAGAGUGGUCAUGUGUAAAGACACCGCAUCUCGGCUGUCUGCUAAAAACAUGCACACUCUGUCGGUGGAGAUAGAGCGGCGGACUGCAAAAUGCCCCACGGCCGAUUUUCGUCGUUUAAGGUCUGCCCGGAGCGGCCAUUGGAGGAGCAGCGCCACGUGACAGAGGGGUGCCAAUGUUAUUCUCCAAGGGUGUCAAGACCCUGUCAGUUUGCGAAAUAAAUAUUGGGAAACAACGAAAUGCAAAAAGCGACCUACUACGACAGCUCUGCAAUCUAUGGUGCCUACCCCUACCAAGGAGCAAAUGGUUUCACUUAUAAUGCGAGUCAGCAGCAAUAUCCUCCGUCUUCGUCACUUGUGGAAACUGAGUACCACCGCCCUGCGUGCUCCCUCCAGUCCCCAGGCAGCACCGUGUCCCACCACAAGGCCAAUGACAUCAGUGAGAGUUGCAUGAGGACCCUCCCCAGCCAGCCUCUGCAGCCCCCUGGUCUCACUGACCCGCAGGCCCCACCGCAGCCACCUCCGGCCCCGCAGGCACAGCCUCCACCUCCAUCCUCGGCCUCACCGUCUCAAAAUGCCAGCAGCAACCCUGCCCCUGCCAAUCCCACUAAGAGCCCGGCUCUUAACUCACCCACUGUGUCCAAACAGAUAUUCCCAUGGAUGAAAGAGUCUCGGCAAAACACAAAGCAGAAAAACAGCAGUUCCAGUUCAGGUGAGAGCUGUGCUGGUGAUAAGAGCCCCCCAGGCCAAGCAUCCUCUAAACGAGCUCGUACGGCUUACACAAGUGCCCAGCUAGUAGAACUGGAAAAGGAGUUCCACUUCAAUAGAUACCUUUGCAGGCCACGGAGGGUUGAGAUGGCCAAUUUGCUCAAUCUCACAGAAAGACAGAUCAAAAUCUGGUUUCAGAACCGCAGAAUGAAAUACAAAAAGGAUCAAAAGGGCAAGGGCAUGAUGACCUCUUCAGGAGGGCAGUCCCCGAGCAGAAGCCCCGUCCCUCCAGCUGCUGGGGGAUACCUAAACUCUAUGCAUUCUUUAGUAAACAGUGUCCCCUACGAGCCCCAGUCACCUCCGCCAUUUAAUAAGCCUCAUCAGAACACCUAUGGCAUCCCUGCAUCGUAUACCGCUCCUCUUAAUAAUUGCCCACCUCCUCAAAAGAGAUACACGGGGACAGCAGCUGUGACACCUGAAUACGAUACUCAUCCUCUUCAAGGCAAUGGUUAUGGGAAUCCACAUAUACAGGGAAGCCCCGUCUACGUAGGGGGCAACUACGUGGAGACCAUGACCAAUUCUGGGCCUUCCAUCUUUGGUCUAACUCAUCUCUCUCAUCCUCCCUCUGCCAACAUGGACUACAGCGGGGCUGGGCCGAUGGGCAACAAUCACCACCAUGGACCUUGCGACCCGCACCCGACAUAUACAGACCUUACAGCUCACCAUCCUUCUCAGGGAAGAAUUCAGGAAGCGCCCAAACUCACCCAUCUGUAGGAGCCAGGAGUCACUAGGUGGAACGCAAAGCCCCAACCUUUUAAAGUACUCGUCCCUUCCUCUCUGCCUCUCCUCCCCACCACGCGCCCUCCUCCCCUCUCUUUCUUCUUUCUUUGGCUCAUUUUAGUUUGUUUCAUUUCCUUUGGUAAAAGCGUUUUCUAGUUUAUGUGACGUAGCAAUAUUUGUUGCUUGAAUUGCUCUAUAGUUUCACUAGUGGAUAUUUAUCUUCUUGAACUGCAGCCUCGUGUCUCACUUUGGGAGCAUACAGAGGCUUUAUACUUUACCUUCUACACUUUUAUCAAAACAGGGUAUAUGAACAAAUUUUCUAUAAAAGGAAUUCUUAAAUGUGAAUUUGUUCGUACAUGAUUGAUCCCACGGGGAAGCAAUUUUUUUAUUGCACUUCUUUUAAAUAGCGAGAAAGACAUCAGAAGCGCUUGGACAGGGAUUCCCUGGACAGUUAUUGAUACGUGUAAGUCUUUCAAUGUGUGUAUGCUGGUGAACAUUCAGAUUUAUUUAUAUUAUUUUUUUUUUUUUUUGCAAACAUUGAAUAAUCUAAGUGUUUAAAAUUUUAUUUAUCCCCAUUUGUUCAUAUUUAUAUAUAUAUAAAGAAUCUGUACCCUGAAUAUUCAGGAGGUAUUUACCUGGCCAUGUGUUAGAUGGCAUAUCGGCACGCGUAGGAAAUAUCAUUUGAAAGGGAACUAUAACUCCUUUAUUAAAAUGAUAACUGUGAUGACAACAAUGCAAUAAAACCUGGGAAGAAAAAAAAAAGAAAGAAAGAUCACAGCUUGAAUAAUUGAUGCCUGUAACAUCCAGGUAGAGGGAAAGAAGGCGUGUGAAGCUGAAAGGCUUAGAUUUGUGUUGAAAGUUAUACAUUCCUUGCUGCUCACGUUCUGAAAAAAAAAAAAAAAAAAUAAAGUUUUUAUUCUGAAUAAUAAAGAGUUAAGGCCACGUUAUUUGCAGUGCGAGGAAGGGAGAGCCCUUCGUGACAGGGGAGUCGGUGGACUCGUCUGGAGCCCACACGGGGCUCAGCUCUCCCACCGCACGGCUCCGUAGCGCCUUUUUAGAGAUAGAGAGAGGGAUUUAUUAGGAUUGUUUUUCCCAUUGGUUUCCCUGCCGCCUCUCCCACGCCCGGUGCGGAGGGCGG